AUGCGAAUAACGGCGAGGUGCCGAGCGCGGACGCGCCCCGCGGUGGAUCUCGUCCGCGUCCUCGCCGCGCUCCUCCUCGCGCUGCUCUGUCUCGCCUCCCCGACGGCCGCGAUCGACGCGCCCGCGCCGCGACCGCGCGCGCGAGACCAUCCUCCGCCGCCGACGUGCGAGGCGCGAUACGCCGCCGCGGUGGACGACCUGCGCGCGCUGCGCGUGCGCGGAUGCGUCGAUCGACUCGAGAGCCUGCUUCGCGAGUGCGACGCGCGCGCGCACGCGAGCGCGCGCGCGCGCGCGAAUUUCCUCCGCGCCAAGGUGCUGCUUCUGGACGGGGACUGGGACGCGGCGACGGACGCCGCGCGCGCGGCGCUGGCGUGGACGUCCGAGCGGCGGCGGGGCGACGGCGACGACGGCGGGGCGGAGGAGGAGGACGCGUCGGAUUCAGUUUCGGCGUCGAACGCCGCCGUCGAAGCCGCGCAGCUGUCGCGCGAGCGCCUGACGCGCGCGCUCAACGCCGCGGCGUCGCUCCUCUCCGCGAUCUCGACGCAAAAGGCGACGCACGACCUCGCGGCGGCGCAGGCGAAGAAUAAGCAGCACGAGCUCGCGUUCUGGACCGCGACGAGGGCGCUGAGGCGGUCGUGGCGCGCCAAGUCCCUGUUGUUACUCCGCGCGGAGGCGUCCGUGGAGCUGAAUCUGUACUCGCAAGCGAAGAUGGACGUCGCCGCGAUCUUAAAGGUCGACCCCGGGUCCCCGGACGCGCUGCGGCUGCUCGCUGACGCGCUGAGAAGGUGCGUGCGGACGACGGACGCGCUGCGCGCGGCCGCCGGGGUGCUUCGCGACUGCUUACGCGCGACGCCGGGGGAGGCGGCGUGCGCGCGAGAUCUCCGCGUCGAUCUCAAGUUACUCGCGCUGCGCGACGCGCAGCGAUCCGCGGAGGCGGCGCGGCGGUGGAGCGACGCGCGCGACGCGCUCUUGAAGUUCAAGGUGGAGGACGCGGACGGGCUGUUCACCGCGGAGACGGACGCGGGUUUGUGCCGCGUGGAGAGCCUCGCCACGCGGGAAGACGCCGCCGCGGACGCGAGCGGCGGCGGCGGCGGAGCGACGCGCGCGGAGCACGCGAUCCGACGAUGCGCGGCCGCGAUCCCGUCGCUAGAGAAAGCGCUGAACGACGUCGGCGGCGGCGACGGCGGCGCCGCCGCGGAGGCGCUCGCGCGGGCGAUGAUCAACCGCGGGUGGGCGCGUCUGUUGAGAGGGAUGAUCGACGCCGCGGACGGGGACGCGAAAGCCGCCGCGGCGGCGUUGGACGAUUUCGGCGCGAAGGGACCGUCGAGACCGCGGCGGCGGCGGCGCGGCGGCGACAGCGAGGAGGAGGAGAGCGAGGAGAAAGAGGAGGGCGAACAGCCCGUGGGCGCAGCCCGCGCGACGUCCUCGACGUUGAUGACGUCGAGCCCCGCGGGCGGCGGCGGCGGCGGCGGCGAGGACGAGGACGUCGACGCCGCGCUGGACGACCUCGCGGCCGCGGUCGCCUCAGCGCGCGAGGCGGCGAAGCCGAAAGAUCUGUAUGCCGUCCUCGGCCUGACGCGCGAGGACGCGGACGCGGAGGAUUGGAAGCACCGACUGAAGCAAGCGUACCGGAAGCUCGCGCUGAUGUAUCACCCAGAUAAAAACCUCGCGGACCCGGCGGCGGCGGCGGCGCGUUUCCUCGAGAUUUCCGAAGCGUACAAAGUCCUCAGCGACGACGACAAACGGCGCGUGUACGACGCCACGGGCGCGCACGGGAACGAAGGCGACGCGAACGCCGGCGCCGCGGCGCCGGAGACCCGCGACGGCCCGCCAAACAGAGGACACGCGGACGACUGGACGUUUAAAUUCGAUAAGCGAGACGUCGGCGCGGACGGCGUCGCGAAAGGCCGCUGGACGUCCAAAUCCACGGGCGAGAGCGAGGACGGCGAGCGCGACGUGUCCCCUCCCGAGCGCAAGAACCCGUGCCGGAGGAAACACGCGUGCGUGGACGGCCGCGGAGGCGUGCGGACGCCCGGGACGCCGCGAGGGUACUCGAGACCGAUCGCGGGCGCGGUCGUGAUCGACGCGAGCGCCGAUCGGAACGUCGCGCGCGCGCGUCUCGUCGUGAACCGAUACGCGCUCAAGACGCUCGAGCUGCGGUUCACGAUCGCGCACGCCGCGGGGGUGCCCGCGGGGUCGAGGGUGGGUCACGGCCGCGGCGACCGCGCCGACCGCGACCGAACCCGCGGCGGGUUCGGAGGGUACGACAGAUACGGCAACGGAGGAGUGAACCCGCUUCGCGUCGUCGUUCGAAAGCGGACGACGGCGCUGGUCCGCGCGAUCGCCGCCGCGCUCAACGUCGGCGACUCGUCCGGUCCGGUGUCGAACUCGAUCUCGGACGUGCACGCCGCGGACGUCGCCGCGUCCGCGGCGAUCGCGAGCGCGCCGGCGUCGCCGUCGUCGCCGUCGUCGUCGCGGCAGUCGCAGCCGUCGAGCGCGGAGCGAAACAUCGAAGACGCGUUUCGAUCUCGGUUCCUCCGACCGGAGCGGUUCUCGACGCGCGCGGGGUCGUUCGGCGGCGCCCGCGAGGGGAACGAGCUCGUGAACAGCGUCAAGGCGUUCGCCGCCGCGGUCGCGAACGAGCUCAGCGCGCGCGGGCUGCUCGGCGCGCCGAAGCGAAUCGACGAGCGCGUCGUCGGCGAGGCGAUGGGCGACGGCGACGCCGCGACGGCGGCGACGCGCGCCGCCAUCGCCGCCGCGACGGAGCUGUGCGAUAACCCUUCCGUGCUCGAGGCCGUGCUCAGGCUUCCCAUGGACGAGGAGCUCGCGGCCGCGGCGGUGAACGCGCCGGACGCGAGCGCGCAGGAUCGGUGGGUCACGCUCGCGUGGAGGGACGGCGGCGGCGGCGAAAGUGACGACGACGACGACGACGACGACGACGACGACGACGACGACGACGACGACGACGACGACGACGACGACGACGACGACGACGACGACGACGACGACGGUUUUUACCGCGUUCGCGAAGGGGACACGCUCAGGUACGAGAUCAAGUGGUAUCCCCCCGAGGCGAUCGACCCGGACGACCCGGUCAGCGGCGUCCUCCCCGGCGACGAUUCGUAUUCCCUCUCCCCCGCGACCUCGACCUCGACCGUCGCGACGUCCGCCGCGCACGUCGCGAUCGACUUCGAGUGCGACGACGGCGACCGGCUCUCGCUGUACCCCGACGCGACGGACCAGCACGGGCUGUCGUCGCACGCGUCCGCGGACUUGCGCGGCGCGAUGCGCACGCGCGGCGACCACGGGUGGCUCAAGCGCGUCAUCGCGAUGCCCCCGGGGCUGCACGGGAAGAGAGUCAAGCGGUGGCUCGCGUCGUGCGAGAGCGACGUGCCGGCGCGGGUGCGCGCGUCCGCGAGGCACGUGCGCGUCGUGGACGAAAACGGCGACGAAGUCGCGACGAUAUUAUCCUCCGCGGGGACGCCGCGCAUCGUUCGCGGCGACGAGAGCGAGAGCGACGGAAGCGGCGGAGGUGGGAAGGACGACGACGCGAGCGGCGAGGACGACGACUGGGGUGACGCUAGCUAGUAGUAUCUU